AAUUAAAAAAAUGGAAAUUGCAGGGAUUCCAACCUUGUUCCUCAAGCAAUACCAAAGGUCCAAAACCAAACCAGCAAAGCAAAGCUCUUUUUUGUUUUUUUUAAAUAAAUAAAUACUAAAGUAAAAGUCGUCAAGCGCGACUCUCUGCUCUCAUCUACUUUUCAACCUUUACUUCUGUGUGAGGAGAAAAAGGAAAAACCUUUCCACAAAUCUCUAUCUGCGUCUGCUUUGAAACUAAAAAAUGGAAAUCAAUAACCACCAUGAAGGAGGUUUCGAAAUGGAGAAGAAGCCCAAGACGAAGAUCGUAUGCACUCUGGGUCCUGCAUCCAGGUCCGUUCCUAUGAUCGAGAAGCUGUUGAGGGCCGGCAUGAACGUCGCUCGUUUCAACUUCUCUCAUGGAUCUCAUGCCUACCAUCAGGAAACCCUUGACAAUCUCAGGGCAGCUAUGCUCAGCACUGGCAUUCUCUGCGCCGUCAUGCUCGAUACCAAGGGUCCCGAGAUCCGAACUGGUUUUCUCAAGGAUGGAAAAAUUCAGCUCAAACAGGGUCAAGAAAUCACCAUAACAACUGACUAUAGCAUAAAGGGUGAUGAGACACUGAUAAGUAUGAGUUACAAAAAGUUGGCCGAGGAUGUCAAACCAGGGAUGGUCAUACUUUGUGCAGAUGGGACAAUCUCUUUUACAGUCUUAUCUUGUGACAAACAAAACGGUUUGGUUCACUGUCGAUGUGAGAAUUCUGCAGUUCUUGGUGAGAGGAAGAACGUUAAUCUUCCAGGGGUCGUUGUUGACCUCCCAACCUUGACUGAAAAGGACAAGGAAGAUAUCUUGGAAUGGGGAGUUCCAAACCAAAUUGACAUGAUUGCUCUUUCUUUUGUUCGAAAAGGAUCAGACCUCGUGGAGGUUCGGAAGCUGCUUGGAAAGCAUGCUAAGAAUAUUCUUCUCAUGUCGAAGGUUGAAAAUCAAGAAGGGGUAGCAAAUUUUGAUGACAUCCUUACAAAUUCAGAUGCAUUUAUGGUGGCACGAGGUGACCUUGGAAUGGAGAUUCCCAUUGAAAAGAUAUUUCUAGCACAGAAGGUGAUGAUUUACAAGUGUAACAUCCAAGGAAAACCUGUUGUCACUGCAACACAGAUGUUGGAAUCCAUGAUAAAGUCUCCCCGGCCAACCAGGGCUGAGGCCACUGAUGUUGCCAAUGCAGUUCUUGAUGGCACGGACUGUGUGAUGUUAAGUGGUGAAACCGCAGCUGGAGCUUACCCGGAACUUGCUGUUCAGACCAUGGCCAAAAUAUGUGUAGAAGCAGAAAGCACUCUUGAUUAUGGAGAUGUCUUCAAAAGGAUUAUGGAACACUCGCCAGUGCCAAUGAGUCCGUUAGAAAGCCUGGCUUCUUCAGCUGUUAGAACAGCAAAUUCAGCAAAAGCAUCUCUUAUAUUGGUCUUAACCAGGGGAGGAAGUACUGCAAAGCUGGUGGCUAAGUAUAGGCCUGGAAUGCCCAUUUUAUCCAUGGUUGUCCCCGAGAUCCAGACUGAUUCGUUCGACUGGUCGUGCAGUGAUGAAGCUCCAGCAAGGCACAGCUUAGUGUAUCGGGGUUUGAUCCCAGUUUUAUAUGCUGGAUCUGCCAGAGCUUCUCAUGAAGAGACAACAGAGGAAGCAUUGGAGUUUGCUAUUCAGCAUGCCAAGGCAAAGGGAUUAUGCCAAAAUGGGGAUUCGAUUGUUGCUCUGCAUCGGAUUGGGACUGCAUCCGUGAUCAAGAUCUUGACUGCAAAGUGAUUUUUGGUUCGCAUUUUCAAUGUCAAUUUUUGGAUGGUUCCCUGGUACAAGGGGUAAGACACUGCUAUUCUUAUGCAUCAGCUUUUUGAUGUUCUCUUUUUGGAUGAGAAACAAAACUCAUUAAGAUCACAAAGUAUAAUGUCACGACUAUUUUUGGUGUUCCCUGGUAAAAAGAAAAAAAGAAGUGUGAUUUUUGGUUCA